AUGCCUCGCCCACGCCCCUCAGGCCGAAUCUCGAGCGAAGCCCCCUCUGAAACUUCCGGCUCAACAUCCCCGGAACGCGCUGCUGACGAUGAUACGGACUUUUUUAUGGCUCAGGCUAACGACUCUCAAUCCUCCAUCGGCGUGGCCAAUUUUCGCGACCUCCACGUGCACCCUAGCCGGUCUGUCCCCGUCCCGCCGAUCGGCCACCUCCCGCCCGAGAUCUUGAUUGCGAUCUUCUCUAAACUCACCUCACCCAUGGACAUGCUGAACUGCAUGCUGGUAUGUCGUAGCUGGGCUUCGAACUGCGUUGGGAUCCUGUGGCACCGCCCGUCAUGCAACAGUUGGGACAAUCUCAAGAGUGUGGCGUCAUCGGUGGGGAAGUCGGAUAGCCUCUUCACCUAUGCAGAACUCAUCAAGCGACUCAAUCUGUCGGCGUUGAUGGAGAAUGUCAGUGAUGGCACAGUUGCUCCGUUCACUCAGUGCAAGCGAAUCGAGCGCUUGACGCUAACCAACUGUUCCCAACUCACCGACAACGGUGUCUCGGACCUAGUUGAGGGCAACCGGCAUCUUCAGGCGUUGGAUGUCUCCGAAUUACGAUAUUUGACGGAUCACACUCUCUAUACGGUGGCAAGAAAUUGCCCGCGCUUACAAGGUCUGAACAUCACAGGGUGUUUGAAGGUGACCGACGAUUCAUUACUUGUGGUGUCCCAGAACUGCCGCCAAAUCAAGCGAUUAAAACUCAACGGGGUGGUGCACAUCACCGACCGCUCCAUCUUAUCAUUUGCUGAAAAUUGUCCGGCUAUUCUUGAGAUUGAUCUGUAUGACUGUAAAUUGGUCACCAGCUCGUCAGUAGCAGCGUUGAUCACCACUCUCCGUCAUUUGCGAGAAUUACGGCUUGCUCACUGCACCGAGAUCAAUGACUCAGCCUUCAUGAAUUUGCCAGAGCAGAUGACCUUUGACAGCCUGCGCAUUUUAGAUCUGACCGCGUGCGAAAAUGUCAAAGAUGAUGCCGUGGAGCGUAUUGUGGGUGCUGCUCCGCGUCUCCGGAAUUUGGUCCUGGCCAAAUGCCGUUUCAUCACGGAUCGCUCCGUACAUGCCAUUUGCAAAUUAGGCAAAAACUUGCAUUACGUCCACCUGGGCCACUGCUCGAACAUUACGGAUUCGGCCGUGAUUCAACUGAUCAAGUCUUGCAACCGUAUUCGGUAUAUAGACUUGGCUUGCUGCAAUCGCUUGACCGAUAUGAGUGUCCAGCAACUGGCUACGUUACCGAAGCUCCGACGAAUUGGUCUAGUCAAAUGCCAGGCUAUCACAAACCAAAGCAUUUUAGCGCUGGCACAUCCUCCCCGGGGCAACCACCCGAUGGGAAUUCGUCCAUUGAUCAACAACUGCCCCCGUCUUACCCAUCUGAGUUUGACCGGCGUUCAUGCUUUCCUGGACGAGGAUCUUACCGCAUUCUGCCGAGAAGCUCCUCCUGAGUUCACACAGCAACAGCGUGAUGUGUUUUGUGUGUUCAGCGGUGACGGCGUGACUCGGCUCCGGGAUUACUUGAAUCAAAAUGUUUCGCCGAUGCAGGAAGAAACAGAGACCACCAUGUAUGAUGAUGAAGAAGUGGAUGAAGACGAGGGACAAAUGACCGGUCUGAUGCACGCGACAGGAAUCAACGAUGAAGAUUUUAUCGAUGUGCCACCUCACGAUUGA